AACUGUCCCUACCAGUACCAUCCAGACAACCAUAUCUCGACAAUAUCUGUGUUAACCCAAGGCACGACUACCAAGAAGAAGCAACGCGAAGUUUCGGGCCCUUUAGGCUUGUGCCUCGCCGUCGUUCCUUAGGCCGCACUUACGGUUGCGACUUCGGGACGGCGAGGAAGUUGUCGCAAUGGAGACCAGUGAAUAUGAGACGAAUACCUUGUCGAUAAACAACAUCGCGUCGAUAGCUUUUCGCAUCUACGAGCCUCCUCCCGACCAAUCGCAUGGCUUCCAAUCAUCCGCUCUCGAGAUUCAAAGUUCUCUUCGCGACCAAGGAAAGCUUGUUUCGUAUGACGCCGACCGAGUAGGAAUAUGGAUCUUCCAAAUCGUCAGCAAAGAUGGGACGAGCAAGGUCGUCAGUUCUGCCCCAGGAUCUAGCCUGGAAGCUUCCGGCUAUACAUUAGGGAUGGUCGAGGAGGGUACCCUUGAGCCUGUAGCUUUGCAAAAGAGCCGCAUUCCGGGCAACACAACUCAAAAUGCCCCAAAUAACACAGCGUCGACCGCAUCUCCCGCUGAGGCAAAUAAUCGCAACCCUUUGAUCUCACCGACUCAGGUCGCUGGGGGGGGUUUGCCAGAAGGAGGGUCUCAAUCUUCAGCUCAGGCUACCGACAUGAGGCCGACGCAGCCAGUGCCAAAGAUUAUCUACGAACAGUUCAUAGUCGCAGUCCUUUCCUCGAUAGCAUUUGCUUUCUGUAGUCGGUCUAUGGCUAUUCCUCUGAACUACAGGACAAUGUUGAUUCCACCUCUGCAAGCCGAUACGAAUGAACACGAAAGGGGCCCAUUGCAAGCCGAUCCUGUCGUUGGCACACUCAAGACAUAUCUCACUACUACAGGCUCUCUCGUUGUCAGUUUUAGUUUCUCUCACUGCAAGAACCUGGCGACAGUUGAAGAUGUUCUCGCAGGUGAUUCGUCUUCGCCAAGUAGCUCCGUGCUGGCUGCACCUUAUGGAGUUUUUGCAACAAAACAGAAUUUUGCCAACGGGGAUGGCUCGGAUCGAAGUCUAGCACAGACACCAAAUACGCAAGCUUUGAGUGUGAGAAGUGUUCCCGAUACAAACGAUUCGCAAUGGAAGCAUUCAUGUCUCAAAGCACUCGAGUAUUGUGGGCUUAACCCAUCUCACUUCAAGGCGAGCCCCUGGGUUAACCUUCUCAUUUCUAAGCCAACUUCGCAGGAUGCAGACGGAGAAUCUAGGCCAUCACGGGCGAGAGUUCCCUGGCCAGGAUCGCUCUGCUUUCGAAAGAAGCCAAUGGAGGUGUCAACGACUCACCGUGUUGGCGACACUAUGCUCAGUGGCCACGAGGAAUGCCAUGAUCCUUUGGGGGAUGCUCGUGGAUGGUUCGUCGGUGCGACUGAAAGGGAAGAGAGAAUCUCUAAACGCAGAGCUGAGCGAGUGUAUGCUGUCCCUAGAGAAGUUAAUGGUGCGAACCCCCUAGCUCAAAAUCUCAAUGGGCAGUCUCCUUUGACCAUGAGGCGACCUAGCACCGCUGCCGCUGGUGUCAUGUAUCCAACACCCCCCGACGCAAUCCAACAGCACAUCGGCGUUACCCCUUCCUUAGAUGGAGCGAUCUCAAGUCCUAAUAACCCGCCCCCAACCCUUGCAGUUGUUGAUGCUGAUAUCACGAUGCCGACAGCGACACCGAUGGCUGAUGCUGAGAAUGACGCCUGGGGAGGCCAUCACGAACAAAAGAGAGAACGAAGCGACAGCAACAUUAUAGGUGAUUCUGACGAUGUAAUGAACGACUUGGGUGAGGAUGUGUUCGGGGAUCACGAUGUGACAGAGGAUGACUUUAAUUUCUUUGAUGGACCUGACGCCAACGAUCUGGACAUCGAUAUGCCUGAUUUGCAACCAGUUCCUACUGCACCUGCGCCGCAGAUAAUGCCUCCGCCGGUGGUAUCGCAUCCGGAGCCUCACAAAGCCAUAGAGCCGCAACCUGAGGUCAAACCAAAACCAAAGCCAAAGCCAAAGACUAAUGAUUCUGUCUUUGCUAAGCCAGAACUGAAGCAUGCCAGGAGCUCACUCAAUGAUGGGCUUAAUCACAGGAUCAAAGCUGAGCGAUCAGAUACUGCCAAGCGAGGGUCCAGUCCAUUUGACCCUGCUACUGUAUUCAAGCGAGUACGGGCCUCGUUGUCCAGCCCUACCAAGGAUGAUUUUGCUGUUCAGCCACCUCGGAGAAAAAGUAGUGUUUUUGAGAAGGUCGAGUUUGACCCUAAGAUUCCCCUGAUUAACAAAAAGUAUGAACAUGGUGGUGCCUUCGACUUUCCAAAGGACCAGAGGAAUGGAGAAUCGAGGCCGAGUGCCCAUAAUCUUUCUAGAGACGAGUAUCUCGAAGGGCAAGGAAAGUUAAAGCAGACAUCCAAAUCACUUCUUGGAAACUCCCUCAUCAGAAGUUUGACUGGCAUUGACGCAUCUACCACUCAUGCAAGCCCCCAGAGACUGAACGGGCAUGAUUGGAUCUCUGAAGAAAGUGAUAUCGAGUCAGAUGGAGAUGAUAUAAGUUCGGUUUCUGGUGGUCCAGUUUCUCCCGUUAAGUCCAGUGUCAAACGAGCCGUCGUGGAUGAUGAUGCUCUUUCACAAGCUACGACUUCUAGAGAGACAGAGCUGUUAGAUGACGCCACUGAUGAGCAACUUGCGAUCGAGCUCCCAAAACUAUCCAAAACAGAAUCGCCAGAAAUGCUGCUACACCGUUUCUUUCUGGACCCAGAGCCACUUAACGUGGACGUAGGCCUUUCCAACCAUGAUUUUGUUGAGAUUGCGCAGAUCAUCACCGAACAGGCUGCUACCGGUCGACUUGAAAUUGGCAACGAGCAUAGGGCUGAGUCAUCUGUCUCCCUUGUGACUAUGAGGAGUCAUGAGCUCAGUAUCGCCCGGAAUUCCCUACAACUUCUUCACGAUGUCAUUCCCUCGAAUUUGGGUAGCGCCACAACUGUGCGGCUGAAGGGACUGCUGGAAAUCCAAGACCUCCCGCUUGUGGGACAACCGAGUCGUCUCCAGCCCAGACCGAUUCCAGGCAGAGAUCCCAACGCUGAGCAACUGCGCGCAAACAAUCUAUACCAGAUUCCUGUACCUCAUCUGGAAUUGCGCAGAUCAGAAACGAAACUCUCAGUACUUCCAUCAUCAAUGUCUUUCUGGGAAGGUCUCGGGCUCUCGCCUUCGUGGGGGACAAAGGAUAUCUCCGCUCUUUGUAUCUUUCCAGGCUGGAAGGGGAUGGCAGACCAUGUUGAAAGUUUUCUGGGCCGCUUGAAGAGUGUAUACGAAUCCUUGAAACUUGGUACUCUCAACAACCUGCCAUUAUCUGGAGACUGGGACGAUGGCGUCUUGCCUUAUGAGGUUGAUAGGAUCUCGACUUCACCUGACGCAACUGUGACUGGUCAUGGCUCCGCUUUUGUGGAAAGCAUGGAAGUGCUCCGAAGCUCUCUAUCAGAGCUGAAGUCCAAAGAUAAGAAUCUGGUUAUUUAUUUUGUUUACUCGCCAGAUAACCCGGCUUCCAUUAUCGAGGCCUGUACGGCUUUCUACCGCUGCUUCGAUGAGUACAGCGACCUCCUGGCAGCUCGUCGAGAGUCUCCACAGAACGAGCUGGUGCUGCAGCUUGUUUCAUCAGACAUGAUCUCUUCAACAACAUCGCUAGUCGUCCCGACUCCCGCGGAAAUGAUCAAGCUCUGUAUAGAGACGUAUGACAGGUGCACCUUGUUUUUGGACGCCGAAUUUGGUGGUCCUACACCUGCACCAGCAGUCAUGCUCGAACAGCCUCCACCUCGGAUGAUUGACUUCAAGCUUACGACGUCACCUUCUCAGUCCCUAAUGCAUGAGAAUUCCUGUCUACAUGUUGGAUAUGCUGAAAGUCUUGAUGGCCGAUGGAUUACAGCUGCAUGGACCGACAACCGCGGACAACGACAAGCGACCACGUCCUAUUCAAUCACUCGGAGCAGAACACCGGAUCGUUCCGUCUCCCACCAUAAGGCCGCCAUCAUCGCCGAGAUUUGGGCGACGACAUUGACCAUGAUAUCAAUCUGGAAAGUUCAUUGGCGAGUGAUCAUCACCAAGUCUGGGCCAAUGGACCAGAAAGAGGUGGAGUGGUGGCAAGCAGCCUCAACGCUAGACGACAAAUAUUCAUUCACCAUGAUUCUCAUGUCCGUCGAUACCAACCCAUCUCUGCAGCUGGUCCCGCCGCUCGUGAAGAUUCCCCAUGCGGCAACCUCGGCGUUCUACUCGACACCAGUAUCCACGCCCCAGGCUAAUAUUGUUUCGCCGGAGCAAACGACGACGCCAGCAACGCCUAUGCGUGAUGCCAACACAUUAGCUGCUACACCGACUGCUGAGGGUGCCGCAGAAGCAGACGCCGAUUCCUUCCUGAUUGAUGCCACUGACCAGACAUGGGGUGCCAUCGUCGGACAUCGACUCUGCAACUCUACUACGUUACUGGAAGUGAGGCCGGCACUUGCCAGUGGGUAUUUGAUUAAAAGAACAGGAAUCAAGCUUGAAGACCCCCCAGUCGUGAUGGAGGUCAAUCUUGUUCACACAGAGGCUACGCCUAGGGCGUACGAGCCUCUUCUAAGAGAGAUGUUGUGCUAUUUCAGGGGUCUUGGAACCCUAGCCAGAGCACGAGGUGUUGUAGAUCGCGAAAUGGAUGUUCGACCUUGGCAUAUUGCAGCGGCAGAGAAGGGCGUGCGGGCGCUGCAUCUACUAUUAUGAUGAUACUGGCAUUGGGUGGCGUCGUUGUUGGUAGUUGGCGUGUAGAUUGUUGGUGUAUGGCGUUUUUACUUUGUGGUGCAUAUUUACGAUUUGAUCAGGUAGUCAUGAUUCGAAUACAGAUUGGCCUUCUGUUGCCACCUUAGAAGCUCACUUCUCUG